CCCUUUUUGAAUCAAUGUUCACACCAUGACUACUAGUACACCCCUCCCCUUCCCCCCAUCAUAUCAACGUAGAUCCAACCCUGAUGAUCAUUUUCCCCGCAGAACAAUAAUACCUAUUUUUUAUGAUGUUCAUAGAUUACUUUCAAGAACAUUUGGGACCAUUUUCAUCUAUCUUCUCUGGUCUAGAAAACAUGAACUCUGCUGUUCAUAAUGCUCUAUUAGAGACAUCAAAGGUACUUUAAUUGGAAAAAGUGUAUAAUACUGAGAAAUGGCUAAUUCCUUGCAACUAGGAAGGAGAGAUCUAACUUGCUAAUAUUACUUAUACUUGCAUGACAAGUUAUAUAUAAUAUAUGUACUAGUUUCUUAUACAGCUGCUAGUGCCAGUUGUUCUCCAGUUAUUGAGGAGGGAGGAAUGACUAGUGGUGUAUUCUCAUAGUGAAAGUACUGCUGAAUUAUCUUCUUCUCAUCUUUAUGUCAGAAUUAUCCUGAUUCAAGCUUCUUUGGAAAGUUUACAAGAAGGUUUUUAAUGCAAGAGGUACUCAAUAACUGUAUGUAUAAUUGUGACAGACAGACUAACAAUAGACAAACAGACAGAUAUGUUGACAGGCAUAUAGAGAGGAGUCAUAUAGGAACACAGAUACAGACAGACAGACAGACAAGCUAAUAUUUGGCUGACACAGUCAGAGGGACAAAGAUACAGAUAGGCAGACAGGCAGGAUGACAGACAGAUCUUUAUAGGUUUGAAUAGGUCAUUGAAUUCACGGAAAAAUGUCCUUGAAAGUCCUAAUUGAAUUAAAAAAAUAUGUUAAGAUCUGGAAUGUAUAGGUUUGAAUAGGUUCUUGAAUUCACGGAAAAAUGUCCUUGAAAGUCCUUGAAUUUAAAAAAAAAUCCAGAUCUGGAAAAUCUUUAUAGGUUUGAAUAGUCCUUGAAUUCACGGGAAAAUGUUCUUGAAAGUCCUUGAAUUUAAAAAAAAAUCCAGAUCUGGAAAGUCUUUAUAAUUUGAAUUCUUGAAUUUGAGGUCCUUGAAUUUAUGAAAAAAUGUCUUUGAGAGUCCUUCACUAAAGGGUGGACAACUGCUUAAAUAUAUGGUACCAUUAAAAAUUUUGUACUUUAGGUUACAAACCAGUUGGGUUCACUUCAGUAUCAUGUUGACACAGCUUUGGAGAAGAUUGAGGAAGAUGAACAGAGCAAACGGUACAUGAAUGAAUUUCUUUUCAAUUGGACAGUCAUACUAGUUCAAUUGGAGUUUUACAAGUCACUGUCUAAUGUUCAUCAUUUAACUCCAGAAACGGGAAUCCAUACGUGGAACAGAAAAGUAGCGGAACGAAAACAAAAAUUACUAAGAAGAAAAUUCAAAAUUAUCAACAACAGAUGAGCAAUGAAGGUACAUGACGUAGUUCAAGCCUAUAGAUACACACAUGAUGGUGCACAAAAAAUGUUGCCCCCUGAAUGUCCAAAUAUUAUGAAAUUUUUGGUAUAGACUAAUUUGCAUGAGCAUGGAGAUUUUAAUUGUAAGGUCCAUAUUUGCCAAAUCUGAAAAAUCGAUAACCGGGUACUUGGAUCGAAGGAUACUCCCAGUAUCUUGAUCUUCUUCCGACAUAAUAUUUUGGCAAACUUUGAUAAGUCAAAUAAGCUGCUGUAUUAUUGAAUUAUCCCACACUGCACGAAACGAAAGGAACCCAACGUACAAAGUCCUUGAAUUUUACUCUUUCUCUUUCUGACAUAUACAAACCCUGCUACUAUAAUAUUGGAGAGAAAGAUGCUACAGAGCGUUUGCACAUGACGUCACAACCGCCAUGUUGGUGUUCCAAUUCAAAAGAAUUUUAAUUGGACUCUUUUGUCUGGAACACCAACAUGGCCGCCAUGGCUUCCGUUGAGUUGGUCCCUGGGGAAAUUGAAUGAGUGCAAACGCUCUAUAUUUGUUUUGGAACAUGUUCGUAACAAUUGGCUAAUUGUAUCCAUCAGGUAACUCCGUUUGUCGUCUUUCUUCACAAGUUGACCGUUUAGCUGAGCUGGUAAAUAAACUCGAAUCAAAGGUACUGCUUUGUUAAAAUAAUAGACAGAUCAUUAGAUCAAGGACGCGGACGUCGAAGACGAAUAUGGCGUGGCAUAUCCAUACAUGGACACAACACGCCAUUUUCACGUCGUCUUUGACGUCCACGUCCUCGAUUUAAACCUGUCUAAUUGCCAUAUCUUCCCAUUUCCACUGCUAAGCCUAUAUCAAAUCGCCUUUUUGACAUAGGUGAGGUGAGAUUUUCCAUUCAAAUUAGAUCAGUAUUGUUUAAGAUUAUGAUUUCUAUACAGCAAAACGAGAUGCAAAACACUUCAAAACCGGGCCAUGGACUGUUUACAACAAUUAUACUUUCUUACAACUGUGUAAUCCACCCUGUCAACUUUCCCUGUCAGAAGAAACCGGAGCACCCGGUGUGACGCGAAAUUCCUGACUUGCGAAAUAUCUGACUAUUGUAGAACUGCCCAUGCGCAGACGAUGUGCAUGAAUAACUUUGGCUCAUAAAUUUCGCAACUCAACAGACAACAUGUGUAUUUAUAAAGCAUUACUAUAAGCACCAAAAAUUUUUUCGCGUUUGACCUUCUCAAUUGUCACGAUUUCAGUACUGAGCAAACAGCAACAAUGAGUUCGUGAGUUGCCGAGUUGGCCGUUUAGAUUUGGCGUUGUCUAUAUUAGAAACAUUUGUGGUAACAUCGCAUAUGGACUUAAAAAUCGUUUCGACCGAUUCUAUUUAGCAAACGUCGUGUAUUUCGCGGUCACGACCACACAAUUCGCUUUCGGAAAUUUAAAGUGUUUAUGAUUGAAACUUAGCGAUGUCGAUUUGAAAUAUUUAACGAAGUAUUAGCAAUUAACAUAUCAUGAUUAUUUUAUCUAAACUCUAAAACAUCGUUUUGGCCGACAUAGAAUUUAGCAAGCGUCGUGUAUUUCGCGCCUGCACGCGCGAAAUUUCUGACCCGUUAUGGCUUGGUCAGGUAUUUCGCAGAGGUCAGGAAUUUCGCUUGACACCGGAGAAAACCUAUGACUUUCGGCAGAGCGUUUACUGACUCUUUUCACAUGAAUAGGCAACAAGAGAAUCGAUCCCACCCUCUCAUAGGGGCGCUUGCACUGACGACUGCAGUAUUGAAGCCCACUUAUUGUUCCUAAAUUUCCAAAAAGACCCUCGGCUGAUUUUAUGACAGUUUUUGAACAGAUGUUCAUGGCUUCUCUUCCUGUUUUUGUUGUUUCACCAGGUGAAGUUUAAUGUCGUUGAAGAAGAAAUUGAUCCAAAGAAUGACAAAACGGUAAAUUUAUAGCUCUAUAACUUCUAAACUGGUAUCCCUUGAGGUCCAUUAAAGACCCACCUUUAUCGGUGAAUUGUUACUUCAUGCAGAAGGAAACCUAAGUAACCUAUAAGCAAACUUUAUUUAUACUGGAUAGCUAUAUCAGUUCUAAACUGUUCUCCCUCACUUAUUGAUCCAGUGUUGCUACAGGAGGAAACCAAAACGAAACUAAUUGACAGUUAUUCUACGAACUCGAGUCGAAUAUGAGCUGAUAGCCGAUGAGGCGCGUAGCGCCGCAUAUCGCUUAUAUUCAACGAGAGUGAGUGGAAUAACUGUUUUAUUAUAUACACAAGAUCUGAAUUCACAGACUUUGCUUUUCGGAUAUUUUCAAUAUUUUUCUAUUUUGUUUAUGUUUUAAUCUUCGCUCUUUCGGCCGAUUAUUUUUACCAAAAUAUAUAUUUUUAACCAUUUUAAAUUUUAAAAAUUCAUUUGCUAACCUGUAAACAAUUUGUGGAAGUUUUUUCAUUGUGUUUUUUAUCCUGUAAAGGCUAUAAAAAGCGAAAAACUUGCCGUUUUCUCGUUCGCAAACGCCGGAAAUUCAGUUUGAGCCGCCAUUUUGUUUUUCUCUACUGGCAGGAUAUGAGCUAAUAUCCUGCUAGUAGAGAACCAAUCAGAUUGCAGAAUACCUCAUAUCCAGACCUUGCGUAUAUAAUAACUUUAUUUAUACUGGAUAUAGCUCUAUCAGUUCUAAACUGUUCUCCUAAGAGGUACAGUAACAUCACAGAUUAAGUAUCAACAACUGUGCAACUUCACAUUUUCACACAGGUUUUAUUUUCUAAAGUUUCGAAACGAAUUAUCACGCAGAAGUAUACAUAAACAAAAACAGCAGGUUAAAAUUUAACCCAGGGUUAGCGCUAUAAUCGGGCUUUGAACAACCGGCCCCUGGUAUAUACUUAAUCUGUGGUAACAUCCAUCACUUAAUUAUUGAUCCAUGAAGUGUUACUACAGGAGGAAACCUAAACUAAACGCUCUAUACCAGUUUUAAACAGUUCUCCCUAUAUGUAUUGGAUUAAUUAUCAUUUAUACGCCUGUGUUGCCAUCACCCUUGGGUUGCCACAAAGCUAUAGUUUCCCAACACCUUUAAAAUAGCGCUACAAUAUUGACAAUACUUUGUUCUGUAGGUUCUCAUCGUAAGGCGUAAAUUUGUCGUUAACACUGAAAGUCAGGAGGAAUACAAAAAAUCGUUGAGGACCUACAUUAAUGCGACUGGUCUUGCCCAAGGCUGUGUUGAGUAUGUCAUUAUAAUCCAUAACACUAAAAAUUCUAUUAAUAAAAUGAGGCUAAGAGAAAGUUCGAUAUUAAAUAUUUUGAAGAAUCAGUUCUCUUUUAAAAUUUGUUUCAAAUGUUGUUUUAUCCAUUCAUUCAUUUCUCUAUUUAUUAGACUAUCAAUUCGCGUGUUCUCCCACUCAGAUGUAUUUGUUCUGUAUGAGAUUUGGUCCAGCAAAGGUGAUCUAAACAGGUAAGCAUUAAGUGUGUGGGACUGCCAGUGCAGGUAUAGUGCCAAUCGAAACGUCGAAGUUAUCUUUUCAAGUAGUUGCAUCCCAGGCCUAUCAGUAGUUGCAUAUCAGGCCUAUCGAAGCUUUCUUUGGAUUAAGAUAAAACCCAGAAAGUCAAAAAGUCCUCGGAUCCUGAACUUGCCUUUUUCAAAUAUUCCUCAAAAGUGAGUAAAUAUUCCUCAAAAUGUGAACAUUGAACAACACUUCACAAUCUCAAAUGUCAGAUAAGGAAGUAUGAUAUAAUGAUUCCUUAAUAUUCUCCCACAACGUAUGUGUGAAAAUUUGAAAAUGUUCCUCAAUCUUUUUGCUAAGGCAAAAUGUUCCUUAGGAUCCCGAGAUAUCCUACUUUUUUCCAGGUCUGAUGAAGAGAAAAUAUUGUUGCGAAAACAUCUGAAAUUCUUUCUUUUUCUUAAUUGUUUCUCUGUUUGCCUACCUUUUGAAGCUUAAUUCUUUUCUUAACUUUCAAUCUUGGACCUGUAUGCCUGGACAUGAUUUCAAAACUAAUUUUUUAUUUGAUGAAAAUCUGUUACGUUCAAUUUUGUUUCUUUAGGUAUUACACCUCCCAAGAGUCCAGAUCGUUUCUACGUUCCAAUGUUGAUCAUCUUCAACAACCUGAGGAGUAUUCGCAAAUGCCCAUCCCAGGUAAUCAAUGGAUAUUCCAGGUAUCGACUAAUUUUUUAUCUAGACAAGAAAGACGAAAUCUAUCAUUAUAGCUCAAAAUAGCAUUCUAAAAUUAGUAAAAUUGCAAAGUUUGGUUGCGAAAUGUUGUAAAAUACGAAAAAUAUAUAGCCUUGAGAAAUUAGCAAAUUUUGAGUAUUUUAGUAUAUUACGCGCUAAAUAGUAUAUUUCGGCUAAAAAGUGGUGCAUUUUUCCGCGCGUAAUACUACUGUAAAAUACUCAAAAUUUGCUAAUUUCACAGGGCUAUAUUCUCGGUAUUUUACAACAUUUUGCAACCAAAUUUGACAAUUUUACUAAUUUAAGGAUGUUAUAAGCUAUAAUCAUGAUAGAUUUCGUCCAUCUUGUCUGGAUUAAAGCCCUUUUUUCAAGCCCUGUACAGACGGGCAAUCUUACUUUGACAAGUUUGAAAGCCCAUUUCCACUCAAAGAAAAGUUUGAAAUUAACAAUUUUCAACUUUCAAAAAUAAUAUUUUCGGAAAAUAUUCUGUCCGUGAAUUUUGUCCGUGGAAAUUUUUAUUAAGUGGAAGUGGGCCUUUAUUUGCGGGCGUGUACGCGAUUUUUCCUUGCGAAAGAGCCUUGUACCAAAGUUAUAGUCAUACAGUACCAGCUUUUGGACAAGGAAAAUUUGUUCGUGUGUACAGCCGCUGCAAGGGAAAACUUGCAUAGUGUUGACAAGAAGUGCUUGUAUGGCUUUGCCAAACAAAAGACUGCCCUGACGUGAGAUAAAUGUUUAGCACAAGAUAAAAGAUUAGCACCUACUAACUUUACUUUAUUCUAUUCUAUUCCAGCCGUGUGGUUAGGCCAGAAUGAGUCGAAUGAAGAAUUACUCUGAUUUGAAAAACGGCGGUCAGGUUUGUUUUAUCAGAAAACUGCACAUACUGUAAACACUGCCAGCCUGCUAAUCUCAAAAUAGAGAUCUGUUCUGGCAUAAUUUUAUAAUGAACACAAAUAUGAUUAUGAUUAUGAUUAUGAAUAUGAUUAUGUUUGUUUUGAUUGGGUAACAAACGACUCCAGGAGUCAAAAUUUUAGACAUUGCGAAUUUUCUCAAUACAUCCUUCCGGGUAGGCUUAGCUAUGGAGCUUCGUUUUCAGGAUUGAGAUAGCGACUUCUAUGUUAAUGCCGAUGACUUAGUUAUAUUUUUAUUUAUUUAUUUAUUUAUAAAACAUCUUUUAACACGGUAGGCCGUGCAUGUAGCAAUAUGAUUAAGAAAUUUUAUAGAACCCCCCCCCCCCCUACUAGCAAUUUAUUCGCCCAAACCUCCCUUAUUUCCCCCCUCACACUUCAAAUAAGAUAAAAAAAACUUUACUUAUUACUUUGAUUCCAUGCUUUGGCAGCAGCAUAUCCGAAAGUCCUUUUCAUUGAAUUGGUUUUGUGCUUCGAUAACAUCAGUGUGUUGUUACUGUACUUCUUAACUCGUAUCGUUCAGGUUAUUUAUAUUAUCUAGUAUAACUGUAUGUGUCAUGAGUAACAAGAUAAAUGGCUCUAAAGCCGAUAUCUCAAUCCUGAAAUUGAGGCUCCAAAGCCAAGGCUGAGUACUUUGCGGAAGGGGUAUACUGGAUCGCAAGCAGUACUUGGGCAAUUGGGCUUGGGUUAGUAUAUGAAUCAGGACUACGGGUUGGAAGAGAUGGAAUUACAGGCAUUACAUUAAAAGCACUCUGGUUAAAAUUUCCGUGGUUUGCCUAGAGAUAACCUUAUUUGGGUUAAUUAAUUUAAUUUAUUGGUUAAAUUAUACGUAUAUAGUACGGUAUACUGGGAAUUUAUUACAAAUAAGCCGGGAACAAGGAGUAGAAAAUAACGUAGGAUUGGAAUAAUAGAAUGAAUUAUGCUAAAUUUUGUAUACAAUUAUAGAAUCUUGCACUAUAUAUACAUAUAAUAUAUAGAUAUAACCAACAAAAGCUUUGUUUGACUUUAAACUUUUUCAUGGUAUCGUGCAUUUUCCGGUUGACAUCGGAAGAAAUUAUGUUGAUUACUUUUUUGAAAAUCUCUUUCGGGAUACGGUAUUAUAUUAUAUUAUAUUAUAACUUUACCACAAAAAGAGUGGCAGGGUCACCACAACAGUAUAAAAACCAAUUACUGAGUAAUAAGGUAAGGCUAGUUACCGUAAAUUUUGCGCAUGAAAAUUUCGAGCGACGAUUGUAUAGAUUUUCCAGUGUAGCACUUUGACUACGGACCUUCUGUGGUUAAUUGGAAAGGGCUAACCACAAGUUCAUGUACAAAUCAGGGGGCCAGUUGCAGGG